UAUGCACUGUCCCAAUAUCAAAACCCCACUUCUCCCCUUUUCAUAAAUCAAUCACCAUCCCCGAUUCCAAUUUCAACCGUCGAUUAUCUUCUCUCAAAUGUCCUUCUCGCGCUUAAGAUUUGUACCUGGCAAAUUAUAUCCUAAACAACUUACGUCUUAUAUUACCCGUCCAUACCCAGCAGUAAAUAUCAGGAAGAUGUCUUCAGCAGCAGCACCAGCGGAGAAGUUUGAGUGGUUGGUUGUGUUACCUGAUAAUGAGGGGGCGUUGGAGAGAAGAGUUAGUGUUAGACCCAAGCAUUUUGAAGGUUUAAAGACCGGUCUUGAGUCUGGGUUCUGGAAGAUGGGCGGCGCCUUUCUCUCCGAGCCUCCCACCGGUGACUCUCCUUUGAAGUUCCAAGGAAGUUGCAUGAUCGCUCUUGCCAGCAGCAAGGAGGAAGUCAUUGAGGUAUUGAAGAAGGACAUUUAUGCCGAAAAUGAUGUUUGGGAUUUCAGCAAGAUCCAAAUCUAUCCCUUCAAGUGCGCAUUCAGGAAGGAAGCGUAAAAAGUUAAGGUUGAUUUAGUUGGGCAAAUCACUCAUGAGGGUUUCGAUCGAGCGCGAUAUCAUUAUUUGAGCUUUCUCCAGUAUUCAUAACAGCUAAGAUAACAGAAGAGUGUGUUAAUAUUUAGUAAAUGAAUCGAGCCAUCAUCAAAUUUGCUUCAUGCCCUCUAGUAAAGGAACUGUGUGGGCAU